UGGAGAGCUCCCUGAGGUGGUUGACUGGAGAGGGUAAGUUAGUUCCUAAUUUCAGCUGCAGAAGACAGGACAAGUCUGUGGCUGUCAUUGGAGGAGCCACCUCAGCUCUGUCUGUCCAGAUGGGGACUCUACUGGAGCUCUACAACUUCCCACAGCUCAGCUUUGGCCCGUUUGAUUCCAUCCUGAGUGACAAGGCCCAGUUCCCUUCUCUCUACCAGAUGGCUCCCAGGGACUCCUCCUUGUACCGAGGCAUAGUCCAGGUACUGGUCCACUUUAAAUGGACUUGGAUAGGUCUGGUGACCACAGAUGAUCUCAGGGGUGAGGAAUUCCUCCGGGCAGUGACAGGGGAGAUGGCAAAGCAUGAUGUCUGUGCGGCCUUCACCGAGAAAGUCCCCGUCAGUGAAAGACGACAUGAAGAAUCUGAAUUGACUUUCAUGCCUAGGAUAAUGGCAUCUCCAUCAAGGGUAAUUGUGAUUCAUGGUGACACAGAUUCAUUGAUGAUUUUGAGAUAUUCACAAAUUUUCCUUUUUUCAACAUUAAAAGUGUGGAUCGCCACUUCUCACUGGGACAUCACUAUGAGAUCCAGCACUUUUGAGAGUUACAAUUUUUAUGGAGCUCUUACAUUUAAAUACCUGACCAGUGAGGUUCCUGGUUUUAAGUCUUUCCUCAACUCAAUCAAGCCUAACAAAGACCCAGAGGACAUUGUGCUUAAGGAUUUCUGGUUGUCAGUUUUCUGGUGCAAGAAAAGAUAUGACGAUCUGGGACAAGAGAAUUGUGCACCAAAUGCUACCUUGGAGGCUUUGCCUAUAUUCGUUUUUGACAUGACUAUGUCUGGAUUGAGUUAUACCAUCUACAAUGCCGUGUAUGCUGUGGCUUGGGCCCUGCAUGAAAUGCUUUUGACAAAAUCAGAGAUUGCCUCUGAGAAAGCUGGAGAGAGCUGGCUGCCUCAUCCUUGGCAGCUUCACUCAUUUCUGAAGGACAUUCACUUUAAUAACAGCGCUGGUGACCUGGUGUUUAUGGAUGAGAAAAGAAGCUCUGAGGCUCAAUAUGACAUUCAGAACUAUAUGUCUCUUCCUAAUGAUACUGAACUCCUGGUGAAAGUGGGCCACUUCAUCCCCAGUGCUCCACCUGGUGAAGAUUUCACCAUAGGUGAAGAAGUCAUCGAUUGGGGAUGGUUAGGUUUAAAGACCCCCCAGUCUGUGUUCAGUGAGAGCUGUCACCCUGGAUACAGGAAGACAAUUGAGGAGGGAAAGCCUGUCUGCUGCUUCAUAUGUUCUCAGUGCCCAGAAGGCGAGGUUUCCACUCAAACUGAUGUGGACCACUGUGAGAAAUGCCCAGAAGAUGAGUAUCCAAAUAAGGAGAUCGAUCACUGUUUGUCCAAGGUUGUGACCUUCCUGGAUAUUACAGAACCUUUGGGGAUGACUCUCGCACUGACAGCUGUUUCCUUCUCUUUCCUAACAGCCCUGGUUCUCUGGGUGUUUAUAAAGUUCAGAGACACUCCCAUAGUCAAAGCCAAUAACCGGGCUCUCAGCUAUAUCCUCCUCAUCUCCCUCACCUUCUGUCUCCUCUGCUCCCUGCUCUUCCUUGGACGUCCCACUGCAACCACCUGCUUCCUCAGACAAACAACUUUUGGAGUGGUUUUCACAGUGGCCGUGUCCUCCAUUUUGGCAAAAAACAUCAUGGUGGUUCUGGCCUUCAGGGUAACAACACCAGGGAGGAGAAUCAGGACGUGGAUGCAAUCCAGGAUGUCCAACUCUGUUGUCCUCAUCUUCUCUGGGGUUCAGGUGAUUCUCUGUGGGAUCUGGCUGGGAACUUCUCCCCCAUUUCCUGACACAGACCCACACUCUGAAUCUAGUCACAUCAUCAUUAAGUGCAAUGAAGGCUCUGACUUUGCCUUCUACUCUUUCCUGGGGUACAUGGGCUUCCUGGCCCUGGGCAGCUUCACGGUGGCUUUCCUGGCCAGAAAUCUGCCUGAUACCUUCAAUGAAGCCAAAUUCAUCACCUUCAGCAUGCUGGUGUUCUGCAGUGUCUGGGUCUCCUUCCUGCCCAUGUACCAGAGCACCAGGGGCAAAGCUAUGGUUGUUGUAGAGAUCUUCUCCAUCCUGGCCUCCAGUGCUGGCUUACUGGGCUGCAUCUUUAUUCCCAAGUGUCAUGUGAUCCUAUUGAGACCAGAAAGGAACAUCCAAGAACAGAUAAAGAAAAAAGUGCAUUCUAAGGGCUGA